UCGCGAAUAAAUUUGCCGCCUCUCGGGCCACUCACUUUUCAUUUGCCAUGCUCGGCCCCUCGCCACCGACGUGCGCCAUCAUCGAGACGCGUCGCCACGUCGUGCAGCUCCAGCACGAGAUGCGCGGGUGCCUCCGCGACCUCGAGGAUCUCCAAGAGCGCAAGGCCCGGCGCGCCUGCUCCUCGUACAUGCCCAAGAAGAAGUACGCGUCGCGUCUCGACAAGCAAAAGGCCGAGCUCGCACGCAUCCAUGCCACACUCGAGCGUCACGCGGCAUGGACGGCGUACAACGCCAAGCACUCAAGCCUCCACGCACUCCGCACGCAAGCGUGGAAGCUUCGAUUGGACAUGGCCAACGCCCAGCAGCAGAUCUCCAACUUGGGGCACGAGAUCUCGAUCCUCGUGGUCCAGUACGAGGCGUGCUUGCCGACGCUCGGCGCGUACGAAGCGACGAUCGACCGCCUCUUCUUGACCAAGCUCUUCGCCAUCAUCCACACGCAAGCAUUUGCCGUCAGCGACAAGAUCAUCCACACGCUCAAUGACGCGUGCCGCGUGCCAGCGCCAUCCAAGCAUUGGCACCUCUCGACGUACUUUCCUCGCCAGACCGAGGCCGACAACUCCGUCUUUUACAAGAUCACGACGCCGCUCCACCUGCGCACCGCCGUCGAGGUGGCCGAUGCUCUCUGGAGCAUCUAUCGCGACCUCGACGGGUACGAGCGAGAGUUUAUGGGGUACCUCGCCAAUCCCAAGUAUGUGUACGAGGAUGACGACCUGGCCGUCGUGCGCUGCGACCUCAAGGCGCCGAACUUUGGCCCCAUUGUGCUCUACAAGUGCUUCUUCCGCAUGCGCGUCAACCGCGACUACUAUAUCCACACGGUCAUCUUCCGCAACGGCCUCGUCGACGUGUGGCAGUCCUCCACGACGCGCGUCUAUGACGGGGCAACUCCCGGUGCCUCCUGCCGCCUUGAAACCAUCGGCCUCUUCCGCGUGCUCAACAUGGUCAACUGGGAUCGCCGCUCGAUGGAGAGCCGGCGCGACGAGAUGAUCAAAAUGGACGCGCUUGGGUCCAUGCGCUGGGCCAAGGACCUCCCGGACAACAUCGUCUCGCGCAAAGGUACGUGGUACUACCACGAGGCGCCGGUCCCUCCCCAGAGUCCCAUUUUCAAGACGAGCUCGCUCGUUUUGAAGCCCUUCUUCCCCACCAAGCGCGACCGCCGCUUUGCGAUUAUCCUCGACUAGCCCUAUUCUCUGGGCUUCAAUGCACUCCAGCUAAUAUACAUUUCGUUCAACAGAUUAUCUUCCACCUCCCCACACUCUCGGCAGAUUCCUCGUUGACAGCACACGACUAUCUAUCUAUCUAUCUUUCUAUCGAGACUUUGCUUUGGGAUACGGUGCUAUCCGCGG